AUGUCGUUGGAACAAACCGCACAACGCAUCGGCCGUGCUGCCAACAGUCGAUACCUCUUCGGCCGCAUCGUAGGCCCCCCCACCUCUGGUUCCCCCGCCGCCGCCGUCGGCCGCUCGCUCGAACGGGGCGAACGCGACUAUUACGAGGAGCGACCCCUCAUGACCAUGAUGGUCACCAACGCCGUCCUCGGAGGCAUUGCCGACACCGUCGCCCAGAUCAUCACGGCCAUCCGUCACCGUGCCACCAAGAAGCUCGCCGACACGGACAGGCAUGACAACUUCGUCAUGGAGAUCAACGAGCUGGGCCGUAAGAAUUCCUUGUACGAGCGCGACAGCACCAGCGACGCCCAGUCGCUGGCGCCACCCUUGGACUUUGAGCGCCUCAUCCGCUUCAUGACCUACGGCUUCUGCAUCGCACCCCUGCAGUUCAAGUGGUUCCGCUUCCUCGAGCAUACCUUCCCCAUGACCAAGGCGAGCGCCUCUGGCCCGGCCAUGAAGCGCGUCGCCCUCGACCAGUUCAUCUACGCACCCUUCGGUGUCGCCCUCUUCUUCAUCGCCAUGACCAUUGCCGAGGGCGGCGGCCGCCGUGCGGUCCACAGCAAGCUGCGCGAGAUGUACGUGCCGACCCUCAAGGCCAACUACGUCGUCUGGCCGGCCGUCCAGGUUGUCAACUUCCGCCUCAUGCCCGUCAUGUUCCAGCUCCCGUUUGUCUCGACGGUCGGUAUCGCUUGGACCGCGUACCUGUCUCUCACCAACGCCUCCGACUAA